AUAUUGUUACAAUCAAUGCAGAAGGCUGAAGGCAUCAGCUCAGCUCUCAGCUGCUCGCAGUCCUGCUCAGUCCUCCGCUGGGGACGCCAAACUGGCGACUGCAACUGCAAGACACUUUUGUAUCAGCUGAAGUAUUGAGAGAAACCCUCCUACCUCCACUACCUUCACAGCACUGCCCUUCAGAUGGGAGGUCAACAACUGCUCAUCUGCUUAGUCCAAAUGCAGUUUCUGCCUGCCGCGCUUAUGUAAGAUGCUUGUCCGUGGCCUUUUUCUGCACCUGAACACCCUGGAGCAGAGCUGCUUGUUACCAUGGUGAUCAUUUUCUCAAAAACACUGGAAAAGAAGAAGGGUGUCAAUGAUGUAACAUCUAAGAGCAUCGAGAGACGGCUGAGUGAGCUCCACACCAUGAGCAGAGGGACCACCCUCUUCUCCUGUGGAACUGUGGAGGCAGAUAGAUGGCUGGACUUGGGACGAAGCUGUACCAUCCAUGAAAAAUCUCCAUAUCAGACUGAGUCCAGUCUGGAGAGCCUGUGGGAUACGAUGCCUGAGUCUGGGAGUCGGCACUGGGCCAAGGAACCGGGCAGCGCCACAGCUAUCACCAGUCUGAUAAGAGAUCUGAGUCUGGGCAGCAGUAGAACAAUCAACACCCAAGUGUCAUCCACCGCCAGCCAAACUCCUACAGCACCCCCCAGCAAACGUCAGUGCCGCUCCCUGUCAUUCUCAGAUGAAUUCAGUGGAUUCCGCUCAUCUUGGAAACCUCAAGGCUCACGGGUUUGGACGACGGUGGAGAAACGCAGGUGCCACAGUGGAGGAAGCGUCAGAGGAGGAGGCCAAUUUCCCACCAUGCAGCGAAGUUCCAGCUUCAGUUUGCCCUCACGCUCCAGCAUCUCCUCAGACGGAGCCCUGGAUCUGCCAUUUUUCAACCAACAACUGCCUCUCCACCCUCAGUUCACUGCCUCUCCAGUCUCCCCUACCUCUCCUUCCUCACAUCAUCAUCAGCACCACUCUCACAAUCAGGUCUUCCUCAGGCCUCUCUCCCUUUCCCAUGAGCAGAUCAGCCUGACAGAGCUUCAGAGGGAGGAGGCGUCUGAGACCAGCUCCCCCGACUCCACCCCUGAGUUGGGGAGGCGAGCUGGAAAAGGAGGCGAGGGUAAAGGCUGUCUGUCUCGGAGCAAGUCCCAGCCCUGCGUGCUGAACGACAAAAAGAUGGCCAUGAAGCGCAGGAGGCCAGAGGAUGCCCAGGAGCAACGACCCUCUCUAGACUUGGCAAAGAUGACUCAGAAGCUUCACAUUUUUCAGAGCUUGAGCUGCCCUGGAUUCUCAGCCUCUGACAGCUACCAAUCGAGCCUUCCCCUGCCUUCCUUUGAGAACGCCAGCCAAUCAGAGUCCGACUUCAGAGCUGUGUCUGAGCUGGUUCUAGCGUCACGCCAGGAUGUGAUAGAUGACGAGGAAGAGGAUUCAUCCUACGAGGAGCUGGAUAGCGACUCUGCUUGUAGUGUGGACUCACGGCCUGGGUCUCCUGCAUGCAUCGUGGACAGUAAACACACCCUCUGGAAGGGUGAUUGUGGGACACAGAGGGACAUUUUCCAGCUUGGGGGUGAGCUGGACAUUGACCAGAUUGAAAGAAACUGAACAUUUUUAGGAGAUUUUAAAAGACUGUGUCAGAAGUGUUAUAGAAAGUUAUGUUUGAUAUACUAUACUAAGAGGUGACUGUUAAAAUGGACUGUAAGAAAACAAGUCAGCUGAAAGGGAAAGGUGUUGGUAGGACAGAGAAAGCGUUAGAUGAUCAAACGUUAACUAUGUUGCCAGUAGCUGGCUUCUUAAUGACACGUUUGCCUUGAACAUUCUCACUGUUUAAAUCAAGAAGCAGUGCCCUUAGUCGUAGUUGUUGUUUUUAUUGUUUGUUUUUAAUUGUGUAUUUAGCUCAACUCAGGAGUGGGAAAGUGAGGGUUAGUCUUAAAGAAAUCUCCCAGCCCUUACUGUUUUUGCAACCUGGUGAUCUUUCCAAAAUCAGCUCACCUUUGGCUUGUAGUACUGUAGCAGUAGCUGGACUCUCCUGUAUGUAGCACCAGUUUGCUUUUCAGAGAAACUGGAGGAUGGUGUGAAUCAGGGGAGUGCAAACAGGAGGAAGAAGUAUCUUCUCGGAGAUGCAGCUUUUACUUUCCUCUUUACCUUUUGUGCACACAUAUAAAUCUUUUUGUCUGAAUGUAGGCUCAAUAAGCUUUAUGAAGAGUUCAAAAAAUGAGAAGUGCCUUCUUUUGGAUUUGUGCUGUUGUAGUUCUCUUCAAGAAACUUGCCUCACUCAAAGCCACCUCCUCUGACCUUCUUAUGCAGAUUAUAUAUUUGAAUUAAACACUGAAUCUCAACUUUCGAGUUCUAACAGCAGCAUGUAUUUUUCUACGUAACAGUUUUUUUAUGAGAUGUUUGUGAAGGAGCAAGAGUACAAUGUCUUUCUUUUAAUGGAGUGGACAUGAAAUAAAUUCACAACCUGCACUCA